AUGGUUCAAUUGUUGACAACCUUGGGAGCAUCCAUCGCCAAACCCGUACAGCAAAAGCCUCCCAUCGGCGUGAACGUCAUGGUCAAAGAAGACAAGGUCUUCGGCCACAACGAUGCUAUAUAUGAUACCGUGCCAAAAGAAGACCAGCUAUUUAACAUCGAGUUCCUUGAGAUUGCCCCGACGCCUAUUCUUGCGUAA